AAUACUGGGGAAACGAUGAGUCUCAAAAUGGAAAAGUUGGGAAAGGGAUCUAGAUUCAAAAGAAAUACCUUGGUUAGGUCUUGGCAACCAGCAACCACACCUCUGGGGCCACCAGCCUCAGCUCCAUCUGUGUCUCUCGGCAGUACCCAACCCAGAAGAGCUGUCACUGCACAACCGGCUCCUCAGGCCUGGGCAGACGAGCAGGCAGCACUGCAGCAGGACCAAGUUCGACAGGAUAAGAUCUGGAGAGAGUCUGUGGAGGCUGAACAGAGAGGAAGAAAAAUCUGGUACCAGAACUGGAGUUUCCUAAAGGACUAUGACCAAAUGGGCAAGAAAAAGGAGCAGAAGCCACUGCCAAGCUAUAUGCCUGUGUUCUCAAGCAAAGUUCCCAACUCGACCAACCAGACUAUCGGCAGUCGGAUGAAUACUGAGCUUGGCAGGGCUCUGGUAAACAUGGAUUACUUUUUCAUCAGUGGAGCACGAAAGAGGAAACUUGAGGCUGAGCUCCAGCUUUCCUAGUGCUUCAGUAAAAACACAACAGUAACAAAGCAAGUUGAAUGGUUCUAGACAACAGACUCCACAACAUGUUAAAAAAAACCCCUCAAUCUUUUUCUCAGAAGAGACCAACACUACUGUCUAGUAGGGCUUUUUUAAGAGCAAAGAUGGAUGUUGCCCAACAAUGCUAUAGGAGGCAGUCCUCUUCAUAUGUGGGGUGACUGGGCCAUACACAGAGUUCACACUACAGAUCUCAUCCAUCUCUACAGUAAGGUUGCCACUAACAUCAGAAAGGACAAGAUUACAGCCAAAAGACUUUUUUCCUUGAAUUUUCACCUUCUGAAAAUAAACAAUUAAAGAGACCUGCUCACAUAAGAACCAACAUAAACAACAUACUUUCGAUUCUGAAAGCCGGUGCGAUAAAACACCACAGCUUGUUGCAUUCCAGGUAGUUAGUCAAGGAUUCAUCAGCCUCCUUCAACUGCAUGUUCAAGCUUGCUCUAAAGAAUAAAAGUUAGGGCACGUGAGACAUGUUUUAUGCUUUUUUGCCUCUCCCUGCUGAGACAGAAACCAAAUUUUUUUCACGCUAGUUUUCAUUUUUGAUACUUUAGAUUUG